UUCCUCAGUAAGAUGCCUCCCGAAAAGUGUGCGUGUUGUGACUCGCCUCUCUCAACAGGAUCUCGUUCGCUCUCAUCAGUAAUCGUCUUCAAGGACACUUUACAUCAAGUAACGCUCAAACAAUGCGUGGAAAAUAUAACGAAUUUACCAUCUUCAGAACUAAAACUCACCGAAAAAAUUUGCGGAACAUGCGAACAAGAGCUUUUCAUCAGCUACAAAUUCCGAACGAAGGUCCUGCAAACCCGCAAAGCCUACGGAAUCGACUUCAAAGUCAUCGAUGUCGCAUCCCCGGAGAAAAAAAUCCAAGAAAUUGUCGAAAUUAUCAAAGUUGAGGACGAUUUGCAAGAACUGCCGCCCGAAAUCAAGUCCGAUGAGGAUCACGAGGAGUAUAUUGUGGCUUCGGCGCAUCCGUAUGCCAACGAUAUCGAUGGUUUAACAAAAAUUGAGGAAGAUUUCAUCGAGGAAGAGUAUCUGGAGGACUACACACAAGAACUGGAAGUCACCAAAGAGCUCGAAAUCGACGAAAAUGCGGAUUUUUCUCAACCAAAACUCAAUGCUGAGAUCCAAAAAAUCAUGAAAACGCGAAAUCGCAAGUCAAGUCAGAGCUGGAAUUGCACGAUGUGCGACUACAAGUCGAAACAUUCGAAAAAAGACCUCAAAAUUCACAUGUUACGAGUUCAUUUUCCCGACGAAAUGCAUUUUGUGUGUAAAAUUUGCCAAAAAAGGUGUUCCACAAGCUCAGAAUUGAAACUUCACGUCGACAAAUAUCACGGAGAGUCGAAACAAGCAAAGGCUGUGUGCGGAAUUUGCAACGUUGGCUUCCCGACGGGCACUAAAUUGCACGCUCACAUGAUCGCGGAACACUCGGAAGGCGAUCGAGUGCCUUGUGACUUGUGCAGUGCCACUUUUAAGACGAUGUCGAAUCUAAAAAUGCAUAAAAAAUUGCAUAAUGACCCCGAGGAGGUUCAUGAAUGUCCAAUUUGUAGCAAAACUUUCCGAAUUUCCUAUUCGCUGACGAAACACAUCAAAGAAGCGCAUUCCACAAACCCGAAAUUGUUCCAUUGCAACGAAUGCGGUCAGACAGCGAAGAGCAAAAAGGACAUUCGACUCCAUUUAACACGACGCCAUUUCCCCGAAUGCAAAAGUUACCUUUGUGUCGAUUGCGGAAAAAUGUUCGAAUCAAGUCAUCGACUCACAGAUCACAUCCGAUCGUGGCACAAUCGAGAACUGCGCUACGAAUGCGACAUUUGCCAUCGGAAAUUCAUUCAUCCGGCGAGUUUGAGGAUUCACAAGAGCACUCAUUCGAAAAUUUCGCCCUUUAGUUGUGACGAGUGCGGCGCGGCGUUCAAAAAUUUGAUCUAUUUGUCGCAUCACAAAAAGAUUCACGUGACCUCGAAGGACUUUGGAUGCUCCCAGUGCCCGCAAUUCUUCAAGACAAAGGGAUAUUUGGCGACGCACAUGAAAAAUUGCCAUCCCACGGAGGAGUUGCAUUGCCAAAUCUGCAAUACGACGUAUAAAAAUUUGCUAAUUUUCAAAAAUCACAUCAAAAUGCAUCAAGAGGGCAAGGCGAAUUGUGAAGUUUGUGGGAAAUCGUAUGCGUCGGGCAAUAAUUUGAGGUUGCACAGGAGGAAUGUGCAUGGAUUGAGAAGAAAAACUGAUAAAAUUAAAGAAAUUCAAAAAGUAGAAGUAAAAAUUUAGUCAAUAAAA